AUGCGGGAUGAUGUCAACGUGAGUCUGUGCGAGCACGACGCUGUCUCAGCAACCUCCAUCGCGAUGCCUUCCAGCUAUCCACCGUCACCACCACCCAGAACAAGCGACAGCGAAACAACGCUGUACUCCCAAUCUCCACACGUACCCAUCGAUAAACGAGAAGCUCGUCGAAGGCUCAAAGCACAGCAUCGCGCUGGUCAAUACGCAGAUCCGACUUGGGUUGUACUUUUCGUCCUCGCCUCAGCGAUACUCUACUGGAUCCUUCCUGUUCCGGGCAUUUUCGAGUUCCUUUACCGCAAGAGACAUACGUGUCGCUGUUCACCUGACGCUAACGCAGCCACCACCGUCGCUCUGAAACCAACGAUGCCUUGGCAGAAACAGUUCACCCUCAGCUCCCGCAGCAAAGGCUGCCACCUCGUCACCAACGAGGUCAUGCCUCACCUCGAGGAAGGCCUCAAGGGUGUCAAGAUCGGCAUGCUGACGCUGUUCAUCCAGCACACAUCUGCAGCGCUUACCUUGAACGAGAACUUUGACAAAGAUGUUCGAGUGGACAUGGAUAUGGACGAGGGACCAGACGACUCUGUCUCGCACACAAAGACGAGUCUCAUCGGUCCGUCGAUCACCAUUCCCAUCACCGACGGACGACUCAACCUGGGAACGUGGCAAGGCUUGACUGAAUGUGCCACUAAGAAGGACGCAGAGCGAGGACGCAGAGCGGACUACGGCUACUACAAUCGUGUACAAAAGAGUCGACGCUUACAAGAAGCCGUCAUAUCGUCUUGA